AUGGAGAGUUACAUCCCUGCUGUUGAGCACGUCACACAGCAACUCCUGACCGAACUGGACAAAGACAUGUCUGCACAGGGGUCGGCCAACUUCACCGAGCUGCUACUAUUCUUUGGUGCUGACGUGUUUAGCAAGACAUCUCUGGGGCAGGAUUUGAGCGCCUUGGAGAGUCGCACAUGUGAGGUUUUUGCAGACGUCAAAGCCCUUUCCCUAGCAAUCCGGCGACGGCUCAUGUGGAGGCUGCCUUAUUGGAAGAUUCCCUGGCUUGCACGCUGGAUCGACGGCGGUGCAGAUGCCUCGGAGCGCAUGCACAACACACUGGAGGAGAUUAUGCGAAAGGCGAGAACUUCAGGCAACACGAAAAACACCAUUGGGCAGAAACUCACAGAGAUGGUGGGUGACAGGUUCAGUCACAGGGAGCUGCUGGACACCUUGACAGUUCUCUUCAUGGGAGGGGCGGAAACGACAAGCACCGUCUUGGGCUGGGCCUUCUACCACCUCUCGAGGGACCAGGAGCUCCAGGAGCAAGUGGCCAAAGAGGUCAGAGACCUUCCGCGUCCGGAGGGGACCUCCUUCCUCUCUUUCGCUCAGCUCAAGUCCUUGCUAUGGGUGCAGGCGGUGUGGUUGGAAGCCCUCCGCUGCCACGGACCGGCUGGUUACAUGCCUCUGGAAGCCGCCGAGCAGGUCACACUUCUGGGUCGCAAGGUGCCGGCAGGAACAUCCGUCUGGAUCGCGACGCGCAACAUUCUCAUGAACGACCCGGAGGUCACAAAGAGGCUUGGGGAUGACUUGCACCUCUAUCGUCCCUCCCGUUGGCUUGGGAAAGAAGGUAUUUUCGACUUCGCCCCCUUCAACGACCUGGGAUAUGGACACGGACCCCGCAUCUGCGUCGGCAUGCCGCUGGCCAACUACGAGGCCCAACUCGUCAUCGCCCGGGUGAUCCAGCUCUUUGUCCUCCACUGGGGGACGAAGGCGCCGCUGGAGCAGACGACCUACGGCAUCACCUGCAACAUGGCCUCCGGAGCCGUCUCCAUCAACCUGCACCGCCGCAAUUGA